AUGCCUGAGUCCGAGGUUAUCGUCGUGAUCGGCGCAGGAGUGAUCGGCCUCUCAACGGCCCUGUCCAUUCAACAAACCUUGGGCAGCACACAAUCGGUACUUCUCGUAGCCAGAGACUUUCCAUCGGAUACGUCCGUCAACUAUGCCUCGCCAUGGGCCGGAGCGCAUUAUCGCCCAGUACCCGGGUCCUCACCACAGAUGCUGCGAGAGGCAAAUCAAGCACAGCGAACGUACAAUUAUCUCAAGCAAGUCGCUGCGGCCGAGCCGGCUGCGGGCAUCACGUUCGUGCAAGGCGUUGAGCAUCUAGAAGCACCGCCUCCAGAGUAUUUGGAUAGUCAGAGCGUGCGCAAUGCCUAUUCGCACCUGGAUGAAUUCCGUUCUUUGGCGAGCGAAGAGAUUCCCGUCGGCAUGAGAUGGGGAGCCGAGUAUGGCACCUACGUGAUCAAUCCUCCGGUAUAUUGUGCCUAUAUGCUGCGCAAAUUUAUCUUGAAGGGCGGCAGUACAAAGAAAUAUGUCCUCGAAAAUAUUAAUGAGGCAUUCACUCUGGCUGGUAAUGUGAAAACAGUGGUGAACUGCUCCGGCACUGGAUUCGAAGACCCGAAAUCUUUCAUCAUUAGAGGCCAAACUUGUCUGGUUCGCAACCCCGUCUCCGCAACUAUCACCCGCCAGUAUGCAGACGGGACCUGGUCCUUCUGCAUCCCGCGCCCACUAGACGGCGGCACGAUUAUCGGCGGCACCCGCCAGCCCCACGACUGGGACCCCAACCCAUCCCCAGAAAUCAGAGCCCGGCUCCUCACCAACGCCGCCAAAUGGUUUCCCUUCACCCCCGACAGCGGGGGUCAGUUCGAUGUCAUCCGAGACAUCGUGGGGCGCCGGCCCGCCCGCGAAGGCGGGAUGCGGAUCGAGGUGGAGCAGGCCGGGCCCGGGAAGAACAUCGUACAUGCCUACGGCGCCGGGGGACGCGGGUUUGAGCUGUCGCGGGGCGUUGCGGAGGAUGUAACGGCACUGAUGUGUGAGACUGGGCUAUUGCCGGCCCAGGUCAAGGCCGCUUUGUAG